AUAAGUUAACUACGCUUUAAAGUCACGAUCAGCAAACAUCCGCACAGAACUAAAUUUUACUACGAAUCGUAUCUACUGGUAGGCAGUAGAAUUAAAGGCGACAAAUUAUGAUUGGAGACGUUUUGACGUACAUUUGGGAUACAAUCUCUUCCCUAUUCAAUAUAUUCACGUUUAGAAGUCAGCAAUCAGACGAAGAGUCUAUGGUGGCAAAGGAUGUUGCUGGAACACAAACGAACAAACAAACACGCGUCGGUUGUGAAGUCGCAGGAAAACGUCAUGAGAAAGUUUUAUCCGAGAUACAAAGAGACGAAUAUCCAUUGAUGGUGGAGAGGCUCUCGAGUCGCUACAAACUAUCGGAGACAGUCAAAUUUAAAAUGUUACAAUUGAUGGAUAAUGAUUUUCCAUGUGGCGAGUUUGCCAUGGAAGAUAACAACUAUUCCAUUGUAGUAUUGAAACGAGAGAAUGAAUUUGAUAUUAGAUUAUUUCAAGGCAUUAUAAAAGGUUAUACCAGCUGUAUUGGGUCUAAAUGAAGAAUUACACUGGACCUUUCGUCAUAUUCGUCUUAUAUAGUCAUUUUUAUAUCUUAUUCUAUCAAUAUUUUAUAAACUGCUCUAAGAUUGUCGUCAUGUUCAGCUGUUUAUCCGCGCUAAAAAUAAAAGUUGCACAGCUCGUAUAUUUGAAUCGUUCCCUGUAUACAAUACAAUACAGGCAGUUUGAAGAGCAACUAAUUAUUUUUAUUUUAAUACGCAUGCAUGCAAUUAAUGCUUGAAAGUGUUUUCCGUUAGCGCCCGGUAAUCUAAAAAGUGGAGUUCUUUGGUCUACCAGUCUCAAAUAUAAUGCCGAGUCUGGUGCGGUACUGGAACAAAGAGCCGCCUUAUAAUUGUGGUGAACAAGCGCGCGCUGCAUAAUCGAUGGUAAAUGCAUGAUUCAUGCGUCCAUGUACUACUCUUCGUUUCCCAACGAAAUAUAUCAGUACAUUUAUGUAAGAAUGUGUAUGUUUGUGCGAGUAUGCUGUGACAUUAAAAAUGCUGGUAAAAUAUAUGCGUAGAAAAAGACGUGCAGUAAUGAUUUGAACAGUAAUUAUAAUAUAGUG